AUGAAUAGUGGUUCUUCAUUUCAUGCUGGACAAUUAUUAUGUGGUGGAUUCCAAGGAACUACCGUUACUCCACAAGCUUAUCAAUUAAUAGUCGAACAUCAUGUUUCUUCAAUGAUUUUAUCAAGAAAAAAUGCAAUAAAUGUCGAACAAAUGACUAAAUUGAUCAAAGAUUUACAAUAUAUUGCUUAUAAACAAGGUAAUUAUAAAUAUCCAAUUAUGUUUGCAAUUGAUGAAGAAGGUGGUAUGAUGAAUUCUUUAAUUGAUGUGGAAAAUUUAACUCAAUACCCUGGGGCCAUGGCAUUAUCAGCAACUGGUGAUUCUCAAUUAGUGUAUGAAAUUUCAAAAGCGAUAGCUAUUCAAUUAAAAUACAUUGGUUUUAGUAUUAUAUUAGGACCUGUUUUGGAUGUUGUUACAAAAUUUAGUUCACAAUUAUUAGGAGUUCGUAGUUUUGGUACUAGUAUUGAAGAUGUUACUAAAUAUGGUUUAAUGUGUGCAAAGGGGUUAAAAGAUGGUGGAAUGUUUACUGUUGGUAAACAUUUUCCCGGAAUGGGUAAUGCUAAUGUUGAUAGUUUAUUAGAUUUACCAAUGAUGUCUGAAUCAUUAGAACAAUUGAAAAAUUUUAAUGUUAAACCAUUUGAAAAAUUGAUAGAAAAUGGAGUAUUGGAUGGUAUAAGUGCUGCUGGAUGUGGUAUACCUAAUGUUUCACCAGAUGAAACUCAUGCUUGUUUAUCACCAAUUAUAUUAAAUCAACUACUACGUAAAAAUUUAAAUUUUCAAGGAUUUGUAAUUAGUGAAUGUUUAGAAAUGGAAGCAUUAUAUCAUUCAAUUGGAUUAGGUCAAGGUGUAACAUUAGCUAUUAAUGCAGGUUGUGAUUUAGUUAUGGUUUGUCAUGAUUUAAAUUUACAAUAUGAAGCAAUUGAUGCAAUAGAAAAGGGUGUACAAAAUGGAAAUCUUGAAGAGGACGUAGUAAUGACAAGUUAUAAAAGAAUUGAGAAUCUACAAAAAAAAAUAACUACAUGGAAUGAAAUUUUCCCACAUGGUGAAUUAUCAGCUAAAGAACCUAUCAAAUUAUUUAAAAAUGAAUAUCCUGAAUUAUGGGCAAAACAUCAAAAAUUAUCCAAAUUAGCAUAUGAGAAAUCUAUAACAUUAAUUAGAGAUUAUGAUGAAACAUUACCAAUUACAAAAUGUUUAACAACUAAUAAAAAUUCCGAAAUAUUAAUCCUCAGUCCAUUAGUAAAUCCUAUAUAUACUCCAAAGAAAAAUCAUGAGGAUGUAAAUGAUGUUAAACUAUAUUCUGGAGAAGAAGUUUUUCAAAAAUUUGGAAAUUUAAUAUCGAAUUAUGAUGAAAAUUUGCAGUAUAGAGUGCUUCACAGCACGUACACCGCUCACGGUGUUACACAACUUCAUGAGACGUUGAUCUCAAAAGCCAAGUUGGUGAUUAUUUUAACAUCUGAAGCAUCAAGGAAUUUAUAUCAAAUAAGUAUAGUGAAAUAUGUAAGUGUAUUAUGUGGUGAUAAUCCAAUUCCAAGUAAUAAUUUAUCUUCAUCAAAAUUGAAAAAGCCAUUGAUCAUAGUUGCAACUUCUUCACCUUAUGACUUUUUACAUAAUAAAUCAAUUGGUAGUUCAUAUUUAUGUUGUUAUGAUUAUACUAAUAAUGCACUUGAAUGUUUGACAAGAGUAUUAUUUGGUGAUUUGAAACCAACUGGGUCCAUACCGGGUGAAAUGAAGACAAAUAAUAACAAUCUAUCGAAGAAUCACAAUAAUGAAAAAAAAAGUCCAUCCACAAUCAAGAGAAAAUGGUUAGUUGAAGAAUUCAACCUUGAUCGAGAUUGGUCUAGUUUUAUAAAUUUAUGGAGAUCCAAUUUGGAGAAUAAUAAUAAUUCAUAUUCUUUACAAUAUUUCAAGAGAUUAAAUGGAUUGAUUAAAUCAUCACCACCACAAAAACAUUUUGUUGUUCGAAACUCAUCAUUAAAUAUCUUAUAUGGGAUAAUAUUAACAUGGAUCUCAGAAACCAAAAGAGGUAGAGUUGGUAAUAUUGUUUAUUUAUUGGUCGAUAAAUCAAAAAGAUUACAAAAUAUAGGAAAGAAUCUAUAUAACAGAGCUAUAAGGUAUUUAAUCAAAGAACAAAAAUGUAAUGAUAUUAAAAUUGGAAUAACAUUUCCCUUAAUAUACAUGAACAAUAGUGAUAAUAAUAACAAUCAUGAGGAAUUAAACUUUUUCAAUAAUCUAAAUUGGAAAAUCAAUUCAGGUAAUUUGAUUCUGAAAUCAAUGAUGGUAUUGAAUAAUGUUAAUGAGUGGUCAGUUCCAAAGAAGAUACUUAAAGAGUUAAUGAUUGUUGGAAUUAGGUUUGAUAUCUGCAAUGAUACAAAUCAAUUAUUAAACCUACUUGAAAACACAAAUGAUAAUAAUGAAAACUUAAAACAAAUUUAUAAUGAAUCAAUUAAAAAGCUAUUCAAAAUUAAUUCCUCAUAUGAAGUUAAAAUUAUAAUUGCAUUAGAACCAAAUAUGAAAAAUCCAAUAGGUUCAAUUAUCAUAUUCACUAAUAAAUCAGAAUUAUCUAAAUUUUAUCCAUUCAUAGAUGAUAUAAAUAAGAGAGAAGAUCAACAUGAAGAUGUUUUAAUUGGUGGUAUAGUUGCUCCAAUUAUUGAUCCAACUUAUUCUAAUCUUGCUGAAAUUUUCAAAGUUGGUUUAAUUUCAUCUGCAAUUACAUUUUUGAAAACAAUUGGUGAUGAGAUGAAAACUUGUAUAAUGUUUGAAGUAAAUCAAGGAGGUAAAGAAGAAGCUGAUUUACAAAAUAUGGGCUUUGAAAAAUAUGCGAAUUAUUAUGAUUAUAAUGAAUUAAGAAAUUGUAAAACAUUUAAUAUAUGA